UCUCCCCGCCGGGUCCCUAUGGCGCUGGCUGUGGCCAUGGCCGCCACCACCCGGCUCCUGCUCCUCCUGGUUUUGGGGUCCCAUGGGUGCCGGUCCAUCUUGUGCCCCGGUGGCGGGGAGCCCUGCCGCCUGGCCUUCGUGUCGCACAACCCCGCCAUGCUCCCUUGCGCCGCCGCCCCCCGGGCUGCCUGGGCCUUCCGCCCCCUGACCCCAGGCCUCGGGGCGCCGUCGGGCCUCCUCCCGCCCGGGGCCGCCGUGGUGGCGUCUGGCGCCCUCCGCCUCGACCGGCCCACGCCCAAUGCAUCUGGCCUCUACCGCUGCCGGGACCGAGACGGACACACGCGCGCGCUCUACGAGGUGGACUUCCAGCCGGCCGAGGCCCUGCGGCUCAGCCACGCGGGGCUGGGCCAGCGGGCCCUGGGCCCCGAGCCGGUGCGGGGGCAGGAGUCGGCCGGGGUCGGGGCUGCGGGGUCAGGGGUCGGGGCGGCGCUGUUGACACGCUGGGGGCCGUGGCAGCGGUGUAGCCGGUGUGGGGCCCCGGGCGAGCGGAAGCGGCUGGGCCUCUGCUUCGCGUUGCGUCCCCCUGGCGGCCCGCGGCCAUGCGGCCUGGCCCAGCCUCCGGGGCGCGGCCGGGGGCCCGAGCUCAGGAUCGAGCCCUGCUGGGAGCCCUGCGAUGCCGCCGGACCCGCACCCGGACCCCUGCUGGUCGCAGGCCGCUACGAGGUCCCCCAGGGCGGCGGGGCCAUCUGGCUGACCUGUCCCUCGGGCUCCAUUUACAGGCCUGUGGCCUGGCUGGGCGAGUCCCGAGCCCUGACGUGGCUGGAACAGCUGCAGCCCAACGCGUCGGACUCGCCGGGCCCCGUCCUGGACCCGGCCACGGGCGGCAGCCGCCUCCGCGUCUCCUCCCCCGGCCUCUACCGCUGCUUCGUGGGCCAGAGGCUGGCGGGUCGCUUCGUGCUGGCGCGGCCCGGGCCCCCGCCGCCGGACCCGGCCGAGCUGCGCCGGGCGCAGGCCGCGGUAGAGGCGCUGCUGGCCGCCAGCGGGGCGGCUCUGCUGGCCCUUCUGGCCCUGAGUGCGGGGGCCGCCUGCGGAGGGGGCGGCGGGGGCGGCGGGGGCCCCCACAGGAAAUAAACGGCCUACGGACUCAC